AUGCCGCCAAAGAAGAACGACACCGUCGAAGCUGCCAUCGAGAUGUUGAGCCGUCAAAUCGGAGAGAUGAACAUAGGGUUUGGGCGGCAAUUCGAUCUCAUGGAGCGACGGAUCACUGAUUUGGACGAGGGUCCUCGGUCAGUGAAUGAGUACACUGAGGAGAUUUAUCGUCUUAUUACCCGGGUCGAGCUUCGCGAGACGACUGACCAAAUCGUCUCUCGCUAUAUUGGUGGGUUACGUGUUCCGCUCCAGGACACGAUGAAUUUAUUUUCACCAGUUUCGGUUUCGGAUGCCCAUCAACGGGCUCUACUCGUUGAACAACAAUUAGCCCGUCUGGCAGAGGUGCAUUUGCAUGGGGAUGUCGGGCACGCACUUGUUCUUCGUCGGUCGUCCUUAUCGCCACGUUCAUCGUCUGAGGAAUCCUUUCGCUUUUGUUGCCUUGGCCGUGUUGUGGUUGCAGAAGAUAGGACGCGUGAUUUAGGUGUUAGGGGCCAGACCUCUGUCUACAAUGAAGAAUCCCUUCGCAGAUGUGCUGUUAUCGAUGUUGAGGACAUCCACGAGAAUUCGACGGUGGAUUCUGAAGGUCUACAAAAUGAGAUUUCAGAGGAUAUUUUUUCUGACACAGCAAAUACAAAUAAAAUUCAUGAAGGUGAGUUGGAUGUUGUUCUGAAGAAGCAGGACUUGGAAGUGGCUUCGAAUAGUAGCGCGGGUUUGGAGAAGUCGAAUAAGGAGUUGCAGGAGUAUUUUGAGACAAUUAACACGAAGGAAGGGGAGAAGAGUGUGGAGCUUUUUAUCGUUGCUGCUUGGAUGUUGCAUGUUCAUUUUGGCCAUAUUCUUCAUUUUCAAAUUAAAUUGCUUGCUCACGUGGCCCAUUACCUCAAUGUUGAAGGUGGGAAGGCCAUGGGACAUACUGCCAUCUUUAUGCCAUUCAAAGAAAUGCUGAAGGAGGACUUCUUGGAGGUGUUACGGAGGAAGCAUGAGGCUACCCAUGCCAAUUUCGAGGCGACAACGGUUGCACCUAGACAAAAGGAGGAUACUCGUAGACGGCAGAUGGAGUUCGCUGUGGGCGAUUUUGUUUGGGCCAUUUUGACAGAGGACCGAUUCUCGGCUGAUGCUUAUAAUGAGUGGGACGUCCGUAGAGUCGGCCCCGUCGAGAUCAUCGAGCAAGUACAUCCGGACACCUACCGCCUACGUUUGCCGUCUAAUCUUCACACUUCCGACGUUUUCAAUGUCAACCACUUGGUGCAGUUUCUCGGUGAUAACUCGGAGGCCGAAUCCUCUUCAACCGGAUUCGAGGCCGAAUCCUCCUCAACCGGGGGAGGAUGA